AUGAUAAUCCUCGACGAGCGCCUCAAAAAAACCCUCGAAGAACACCUCAAAAAGCACAAGAAAGAAGUGGAUACCUAUGAAGUCCCAGUCUCGAUCUAUUUCAUGGUCGGCAGCUUCUUUGAGCAAUAUGAUAUACAGGUCGCUCACUACAUCCGGUGCCCACUGCCAAAGAACAAGGGCCCAAAAGACACGAACUCUCUCGCUAUCCGACACCUCGAGACCAACUUCAUCCUCUCAUAUGCUAAUCAGAUCUUGAGAAUGUUGCCUGGAGGCGUGGAUAUUGUUGGAAUCCUGAUAAUCUCCGAUGAACACACCACUUUUCCACCCUUGAAAAGUCUACUUUUGGACAGCCUCCAGCAUAUUGCUCGUCUAUCGACUACAGCUACUACUUACGAUCUUUUUGAGUAUAUUACACACAUGGCCCUAAUCCAAAUCGACGAGCUGACCGGAAAUGACCAAUCUUUCCUCUUCGAAAUCGGCGAAAAAGCCGGAUCGUGUGAACCGACGAAAUUUCAGUACGAAAAGCUAGAAUGGGCGUCAAUAGUAUCGCGCGUCGGCGGUCGUAUUAGCGAUCAUUUGCCUCUGAAGAAUGAUGACCUUGGAAAAGAUCUAUCUGAGAUGAUGAUCCCUUGGGCGGAGCGCCUUCUAGAAUGUGAUUUCAUUCUGAUGGAUGGGGCCGUAAGGAAGGGUGUUGAUGAUUUGAACACGGAUUUGGUGAAGAAUAAGAAGACGUCGUUUGAAAUUGCGCUGGUUGUCAAGUCGGAAUGUGACGACCACUGCGAGACAACACUCACUCCCGAAUCGGCAUCUAAUUGGCAUGACUAUGUGUUUGACGUGGAGAUUCGAGCCGCUAUCCCGAUAAAAAGCAAGGUGGAUGACGCCUUUAUCGCUAUUAAGAAGCAUAUAUAUCGCAAUUUUUGGGCGAGAAAUGUCUUCCUCUGCGACCUAAUGAGCGGAAAUCAAAAGAAAGCGGUAGAAGACGGGCAGGAGCACUUUGUCGUGAGUAUCUCGGCAAUCGCCGAAAAUGGGGAAGUUUAUCAAAUGCCGAGACCGGCUACGACUACUCUACCCUAUCAUUCUUCAAUCCUAUUCUCGGAUUGGCUAUUUGAGGCGGAUUCUAUCGAGGAUUCGCAGAAAAAGAUCAAGGAGAUGCUGGAUAUUGAUGUUAGCAUUGAACACGUUGACGAUGGGUGGGAGAGGUCUUUGGAAUCUGCAGAAUUGGAUCAAGUUCGUGCGCCUGGGGUGGUCCCCGAUCAUCUACCCCUCAUCACCUCAAUCCACGAAAAAGCCUCCAACCGCCGUUUCUACAUCAUUAUCUUUGUCUCCAUCAUUAUGGGAAUUAUUUCCUGGAUUAUGUACAAAAUGAUGGCC